AUGACUCCUUCCAUCCUCAUCGCCGGCGCCACCGGCAAUACCGGCCGAGCUGUCGCUCAAACAUUGCCCACUUUGCUUCAAUCCAGCAGCACCUUAUCCGGGUACCGCGUUAUUGCUCUCACUCGCUCCUCGGAUAGUCCAGUGGCCCGAUAUCUUGCCAAGCUCCCUGGAAUUGAAGUGGUCGAACAGAACUGGGUUGAGAUCACCGCUGACUGGCUCCGCGAACACCAAGUUACUAGAGUAUUCAUUGCACCCCACAAUGAACCGAACCAAUUUGCCGAAGAGUCGACCUUCCACAUAAACGCCCUCAGCGCCGGCGUCAAGUAUGUCGUGCGGAUCUCAACUACGGCUGCAAAUGUCCGCCCCGAUUGCCCCGCUUACUAUCCGCGCCAGCACUGGGCCAUCGAGGCUCUCCUCGGGUCACCCGAGUUCGACAACUUGCAGUGGACCUCUCUUCAGCCAAACAUCUUCUCGCCAUUCGUCAUGUCCCCUGCUGCGGAAUUCAUCAAGAGAUACCGCAAGUCUGGAGAGCAGGAUACACUUCGGUUGGUGCCAUCAGAGAAUGCACCCAUCGGCAUUAUCGAUCCUGACGAGGUUGGUGUUAUUGCAGCUCAUCUCUUGUCUCAGGACGACACUUCCGCCCAUAACAAGUCCAAAUACGUUCUGAAUGGACCCGAGGACAUCACUGGAAUGCAGAUUGUCGCAAUGGUUGAACAGCACAUUGGUACGCCCGUCAAAGAUGUUAGCUACAAGGACGUCUCAUUCAUCGACAUGCUGUAUGAGUACCAGUAUGCGGCAACCAAGCAAUCGAAGAACGUCAUCUAUUCAAUGACGCGGGCCGCCGAGACCGUGUGGGAAGGGAAAUGCUCGACUUCUACGACCAGCAAGGAGGUCCUGAGGCUUGCUGCUCCAAAGCGUACACCUGCUGAUACCUUGAAGGCUUUACUUGAGGGCUAA